AUGGCUGAAGCUACUCGAUCAAAAGCAAGUGCUGAUCACUGGGAAGAGGCAUUUGCGAGACUUUCGUCUUCCAAGUUCGACGAGCUUCUGCAUCGUAUGACUCAGUUAGAGACAGAGCACGCAUCUCCGCGAGUGCCAUCGCCAUCUCCAGGUGCAACGACCACGAAUCCGACUUACCGUAUGAAGCUCGAAGUUUCGCGCUUCAAUGGCUCUGAUCCAGAAGGCUGGAUAUUCAAGAUCACGCAGUUCUUCGAAUAUCAUGCAACUCCAGAUCACGAAAGACUCACCAUAGCAUCUUUUUACAUGGAAGGCUUAGCAUUAGCCUGGUUUCAAUGGAUGCAUAGGAAUGGUCAAUUGUCUUCGUGGUCCACUUUUUUACACGCCAUCCACGCACGAUUCUUAUCUUCAACCUAUGAAGAUCCAACAGGUUUGCUCUGUAAGUUGACACAGCGAUCAAUUGUCUCCGCUUACCUCUCGGAGUUUGAAGCUCUUGCUAACCGUAUAAUUGGUUUGCUGGCACCGUUUGUGCUAAGUUGCUUUGUGUCAGGACUAAAUCCAGUGAUUCAACGGGAGGUGCAAGUUAUGCAGCCUCACUCGUUGGUUCAGUAUUUAACAAGUGCAAUAAAAUCCCUGCGGACACGAUACUCGGACUUCCGAGGUUUACUACUUAAGAGCGAUUUGGUACACUUGCCAAAGUCUCAACAGCUAGAUGGGCGACGAUCUUCUGUUCGAACCUCCCCUAGUCUGUCGUAUAGUUUUCCUUCACGAUUAUCACCGCCGGUUGUCACUAAACCAGUUGAGUCGCUCUUAACUCCUUCACCAACUAAACCUGCCAUAACCACUAUUCCCUUUAAAUGCCUUUCCCCAGAAGAAUUAGCUAUUCGAAGGGAGAAGGGAUUAUGUUUUAAUUAUGACGAAAAGUACUCACGGGGCCAUAAGUGCACCCCGUCCUUGUUCCUAUUUGUUACAGAGGAUGAGGAGUGCCUGCAGGAUUCUGAUUCCAACCCAUCGUCUCCAACAGCUCUUGUAGCUUCACAGGAGACAUCACCAGCUCAGAUAAGUCUUCAUGCGCUUUCCGGUCACGGAGCCCCGGAAACCUUCUUGCAACCACAAACAACUUCUACUCUUCGAGUAACAGUAGGUAAUGGCGAGGAGCUGCAGUGCAACCAAGUUUGCCCGAAAGUUGCGGUACAUAUUCAGGCACACACUUUCUUGGUUGAUUUCCAUAUUCUUCCAAUUUGCGGAGCUGACGUAGUGCUAGGAGUACAAUGGCUAAAGUCACUGGGACCUGUCCUAACAGACUACGCAACUCUCACCAUGAAAUUCAUUUAUAAUGAUAAAUUGAUUGAGCUCAAGGGUGAUCGUGAUGCAAAUAUUGAUCAGAUAUCACCAUCACAGCUACGACGCCUUAUGAACACAGGUAACACUAGUACCUAUUUUCACAUUCAACUUGACUCUCAUCAUCCCGAACCCUUACCAUUGACUCACUCGAUACCGGCAAUUCAAACCUUACUCACUAAAUAUUCCUCCCUCUUCCAACCAUUAACGAACCUUCCCCCAUCACGAGCCACAGACCACUCGAUCAACCUCCUUCCUAACUCAACACCCAUAAACGUAAGACCCUACCGCUAUCCAUACUUUCAAAAACAAGAGAUUGAAAGACAAGUGGCUUUGAUGCUUCGCAAUGGUCACAUACAACAUAGCUCAAGUCCCUUCUCGUCACCAGUUUUAUUAGUCAAGAAACGCGACGGAACAUGGCGAUUUUGCAUGGAUUAUAGGGCAUUGAAUGCUAUCACAGUGCGUGAUCGCUUUCCUAUACCUACGGUGGAUGAAUUAUUAGAUGAACUAGGGGGAGCAACGUGGUUUUCUAAGCUCGAUCUAAUGCAAGGAUAUCAUCAGAUUUUGAUGAAAGAAUCCGAUACAAGCAAGACAGCCUUCCGCACUCACCAUGGACACUAUGAGUUUCAUGUAAUGCCCUUUGGACUUUGUAAUGCACCUUCUUUGUUUCAGGCAACAAUGAACCGCUUGUUCCAGCCGCAUCUACGCAAGUAUAUCAUCGUCUUCUUCGAUGAUAUCUUGAUUUAUAGUCAUUCCUUCAGGGAUCACUUGGAGGUUGCAUUUUAG